UGAAGUGUUUAUACACAAGUUACAGAAAUUCCACAGACAUUAGAAUUGUAGCAUAAAGUAGUUAUUAAUGAGUUAUAACAAGCUUUCACACCUUUUAUAAAUUCUGUACAGGUGUGUGAUGUUAAAGCAUUUCCUGUUUUUCUACUGACACAUUCAUAUAUACAAACCCUGCCAUAUUAACUUAUAUUGGCACAAUGACAGUGAUCAGUUACAUUAUUAACUGACGCUGACAGGUUACGCUAGGCUGUAAUCAUCACACCUCGACAGAUGAAAGAAAAGCAGAUUCAACAUCUUCACAGAAAAGUCUUUUCAAAUGACUUCAAAUAGACAAAGACGAAAGAGGAACAAAUGAUUUCAGUGAUUUCUAACACAAUUUUAAAGACACACAAAACAUGUAUGUCUUGGAAGACACUGAGGAAACAAAGCAAAGCUACAAUGAAAUGCAAAGCACCUGAGAUAAAAUGACUACAAAUGAUAUAAAACAUCAAAGGAAAGACGCACAAUGAUGACAAAGAGAUGUACAGCAGACAAACUUACACAACAUCUUACACACUCAAUGUUCUGGGAGAAUUAGACAAAGCUGUGUGAGGAUAGGUUCCAAUUACCACAUCAAAAAGAUGCGACAGACAAACAAACAAACAAACAAACAAACAAACAAUCAAAAACAACUUCCCAAAGACAUAAAAGCAUUUCAAACAGACACAGAACAACUUCAAAGAGAUCCCCAAUAACUUCAGAUACACGAAAAAUUACUUCAAAGAACCCCAAAUGGCCACAAAAAGCAUCUUCAGUGCAAAGCUCUGAAGGGCCUCUAUAACAUCUGUGCCCAUAGGUCUGUUUCCUUUCAUCUGUCCAUGUGGACAGUAUGUACAGCAGGAAGCAAAAUAAACCAACAGAUUUGUUGGACCACCACUGUCAUGCCGAGGUGGGUGACUUAACUCUAACAUGUUACACUAACUGGAUACUCAACACUGAAAAUGAAUAUGUAUAAUAAAAAUGUAUGAAAGGCAGUAUGUCAAGUUGUAGCUUAUAUAACAACAAUCCUGACGUGAGUUAUAGGUAAUAAUGUGAGCUGUGUUUGGUGAUGUAACUGUUACUCAGUGUCGGGGAGGGGAGGGGUUAACAGAGGAAGUAAUCUCAUUAGAGACCUACUUAAUGGAAUUCUUGUUCUAUUAAGCAGGAGCUGUGUCUUUAAGCCUGGUGAUGGAUAGCACAGCUGUUUCAGAGUUUUUUCUCAUUGAGAAAAAGUUUUACUGCCUAGUUUAGAAUAAAUUGUUUUGUUGGGGUUUUCCUUUUUCAAUUUCCAAACUAAACUGGAUAGAACUUCAUCUUUGGCUCUCUUCCACAGUGUGCCAUUGUAUCCUGUCUCCCUCCCCUUAUUCCCAACCAAUCAUGACAGCCUGGAUGUUUCUUCCUGUUAUGAAGGAGUUUUUCCUUCCCACUGUCACUUUCUCGUAGGGGAUCGUCUGAUCGUCUUGUAUUAUUGUAAAAUCUUUACCUUUAUAUAUAAAGCAUCUUGAGACAACAAACCACAUGAAAUUUUCAAGACUGAAAAACAAAUUCAACACCUGCUAAAAUCAAACACUGAGAAUCAAUCAAUUUAAAUCCAACAUCUCAUGUUUGUUCACUAUAAUUGGUAACAUAAUGAUGUCACACUAUUAAGCAUCAUUAAGGUAUUAGCAAGUGCUUAAUUCAAUAUUUAUCAUUACGCCCUGGCAGUAUAUGGGAAUUUUUGAUCCUUCUUCUAGAAGUCCAGUUGUCACAUCAGACACUGAUGUUGAACCAGAAUAUUGGUCUGGCUCAGAGAUCUCCUCUAUUUCAUCCCAAAGGUGUUCUGUCACUUUGAGCUCAGCAGUCCAGUCAAGUUCUUCCACAUCAGACUCACUCAUCCAUGUCAUGUUGGAACAGGAAGGGACAUCCCCAAACUCUGCUCACAAAAUUGGGAUCAUGAAAAUAUUCAAAAUGUCUUGGCGUGCUGAGGCAUGAAGUGUUCCUGUCACUGGAACAAAGGGGCCGAGCCCAACAGCCCCACACCAUAAUCCCCCCUCUACAAAACUUUGCACAGUACAGUCAGACACGUAGCGAAGCGUGAUUCAUCACUCCAGAGAACAAGUCUCCAUUGCUCUAGAGUCCAGCGGCGGCGUGCCUUACCCCACUGCAUUCUAUGCUUUGCAUUGCAAUUGGUGAUGUGAGGCUUUGAUGCAGCUGGCCAUGGAAACCCAUUCCAGGAAGCUCUCUACUGAUAAUUCAUGAGCUAAUCUGAAGGCUACCAGAAGUUUGGAGGUCUGUAGUGAUGGAGUCUACAGAAAGUUAGUGAACUCCACACAAUAUGUGCCUCAGCACCCUGAUUUUACAAGGCUGCGUUGCUGUUGUUCCCAAUCAUUUCCACUCUGUGGAAUAUUCAGUGGAAAGAAAAUUUCACAGUUGGAGUUGUUACACAUGUGGCAUCCAUCACAGUAUCAUGCUGGAAUUCACUGAGCUCCUCAGAGCGACACAUUCAUAUUGACUGACUGAUGACUGCCUGGCAGCCAAGAGUAGCUAGUGAAAAACUGGCAGUUUGUGUUGCACUUUUUCCAGUUUCACUACUAGAAAGUAGUUAGUGAAAGUUUGCAGACAAGUCAGUGCUUUCCAUAAAGUCUGUUUGCAACUAAAGCAAUGACAAAAAGAUCUUUGGUGCAGCCAUGCACCAGCAGCCACUCACCAACUGCUUGAGGAAUACAUAUUUUUCAUUAGUGUCUGGUAACUGCCAAGAGCAGACGAUAGCAUCACAGUGGGACACAUCCAAGAAAGAGCCGCAAGUAUGAAGAGUUGGACAGCACCAGGCCCUGACAUGAUUCCCACCUACUGGCUAAAACGGCUAACCUAAGGUCAAACAGUCCUGAUCCCCCAAAAUCCCCAGAAGGGACCUAUUUAACCACUGGCCAAUAACCUGCAUCAGCACCGCGUGGAAGUUCCUGUUAGGCAUCAUAGCAGUUAAGGUGAACAGCUAAAUGGCUCAAUACAUGAGCAUGUCCCAGAGGAAAAUUGGCAGUAACACAGCAACAAAACCCUAAGUGCAAUCAUCAGGAAUACAACGGGGUUGUAGCAGACAACACCAGAGGCUACCUUCAAGCUUCAAGUCACCAUUAAGUGCAGGAUUUACCAAGGAGAUGCUCUGUCACCACUGCUGUUCUGCACAGGCCUGAACCUCCACAGCCAGAUGAGACUGACUAUGGAAAGGAGCACCGCCUCUAUAUGGAUGAAAUCAAGUUGAAUGCCAGAAGUCAGACACUGAUUGACUGAUCCACACCACUAGGAUCUAAAGCAACGGCAUUGGGACAUCAUUCAGACUGGAGACAUGCAGUUGGAAGGCAAAAAAAGAGAGGGAAGUCAGACCUGAGGGAACUACAGUACCAGACACUCUAAAUGGGUAAAUGGGAACCAUGAAGAGGUCACGAGGGAAGCUGCAUCCACCAAAACUCACAGAGAGUAAGACAAGUCCUGAGGAGCCAGCAGAAUGGGAAGGACAAGAUGCAGGUAAUCAACACCUGCUCCCUGCCGCUCCUCAGAUACUCCGCUGGAUAAUAAGCUGGCCAAAGAAGGAGAUAGCAGCAUCGUUUUCUGAUAUUUACUAUAUUGUAGGAGGUGCCGUAAGCGUCAAGUGCAAUGUGUGUCAGGGAGCUGUCAGGGUGGAGGCCAGUCUGAUCCCUGGCUAUUGAGGCUGGCUACUGGGACAUGGAACAUAACCUCUUUGAUGGGGAAGGAGCCUGAGGUAGCGCAUGAGGUUGAGAUACCAAAAAAAAGCAGUCUAACAAUGACAUCAGUGGGAAAAAGAGGUAGCGAGAUCAAGCUUUUUUAACUUUCACUGGGAUGUCUAUUUUACUUUGAGCAGUAUGCUGAAGAAAGUGCCAAGCACACAUGCUUUGUCCUGUAUGAAAGGCCUUGAAGGAACACUACAACGGGGCAACCAGGAAAACUGAGCUUUGUAUUGUACUCAAUUUUUUGGCAGUCCUAACCAAGUAGCUCUUUUUCCUAAACAUAAAUAAGAAAUUUCAAGCCAGGCAAUAUUUUUUUGGGUGGUAAAGAAAGCAAACAGUAAAUAAAAAAUAUAAAUAAAAAGUGUGGGCCUCCAAUUAUGCUCCAAAAUAAUAAAUAUAAAAUCUGUAUGAAGACAAGUCAUUUUAAUGUACACAUCAAAGGAUUGUAGGGGAUUCUGGUGCAACUGUAACCAGGAACAUAAAUAAACAGAUUACAACAAACUGCUCUGUGACCGGGACAAAUACAAAUUAAUAAUAAUGAUAAUAAUGUGACACCUUAGCAUGUGCUUGUCCACAGCUGGCCAAAGGAGGAGAUAGAAGCCACUGACAUGAAGACCAGGAUGCUCCUGACCAUGCAUGGAGGGUUUCACCUCAAGUCCAGCACUUCCUUCCUUCCGCAUGCUAAGCGGAAGAAAGGAGGCCGGGGACUGGUGAGUUCCUGUCCAGGAUGAGGCAACAACCAUCCACGAAUACCUCAGGAAGAUCGCCCCAACCGACCGCGUGCUCAGCACAUAACAGCAGGGUGCAAGAUGCUAGCAGGCAGGGCAUACAUGGAACGCCAUAACCAAGUGGCCGGCAUAGUAUACAGAAACAUCUGUGCCGAGUACGGCCUGGAGAUCCCGAGGUCAAAAUGGGAGACGCCCCCAAGGGUGGUGGAGAAUGACCGAGCUAAGAUCCUGUGGGACUUCCAGAUACAGACGGACAAAAUGGUGGUGGCUAACCAACCGGACAUAGUGGUGGUGGACAAACAGAAGAAGAAGUGAUUGAUGUAGCGAUACCAGAUGACAGCAACAUCAGGAAGAAGGAACACGAGAAGCUGGAGAAGUACCAAGGGCUCAGAGAAGAGCUGGAGAAGAUGUGGAGGGUGAAGGUAACGGUGGUCCCCGUGGUAAUCGGAGAACUCGGUGCCAUGUCUAAAACUGUGCCAUCUCCAACUCUCUCAGUUACUGCUUACAGCCUGUAGACUGACUUCUGUGUGACAGGUGCAGGCUGAAUUUUUUAAAAGAAAUCACCAUGGUUGUUGGUGCCUUGGUGUUAGUUUAGGUUGGUAUAAAUGAAAUUCACUAUUCACUAAUGUUAACAUCUUCUGUGAUUUUGUCUGCUAACAUCACAAAGUAACCAUCGCCAGGCUAUGACCAGAUUCAGGGGCUGCAUCCUGGACAUUUAUACAAAUGUUAAAACAUUUUAACAAAUGUUAAAAUAAUGAAGACUCUUAAAACAUUCAAUUUGGCUACAUUUUCAGGUCCUCCGUGCUUUCAAAGUCUUUCUGUCCACUGGCCAAAUGUUUGGUGUAGAGGUCUGAGCACUCCUCACUGCACUGCCAGCAUACACUACGCUGUUAAACUUGUGUUUUGUAGUUUUGUCCUUGGAAUGAACCAGUUUUUGUCUGAGGAUCUGUCUGGGUUAGAAGUACACUGUCAUGUUUGGAGAAAAUUCUCCCGAGUCUCUGACAAACCUGCUACAUAAGGGAUGACAGUGUUGUUCCAUUUGUCAUUCUGUUUCUGCCUGGUUGGUGUCUGACCUUAUUUCCUGUGUAUCUUGUAGGGUCCUGAUCCCCCCAAGUUUGUGUUCCAGAGGGUGGUGGGAGUCAGAGAGUAGGUACUGGUCUGUGUGUGUCGGCUUCUGGUAAACUGUAGUGUUGAGGCUUCCAUCUUCCUCGAUGCGCACGGCACAGUCCAGAUAUGGCAAACUGUUAUCCUUUGAAUCUUCCCUGGUGAACUUUAUAUUUCUAUCCACUGAGUUAAUGUGAACAGUGAAGGCUUCUACUUAUUUUGACUCCAGGUGUCGUCCACAUAUCUGUAUCAGUGGCUGGGUGCUGUCCCUUUAAAAGAGCCAAGAGCCUUUCUUUCCACUUGCUCCAUGUAAAGGUUGCCUACAGUGGGUGACAGUGGGUAGUCCAUGGCACAUUCAUGCUUCUGUUUGUAGAAACCCUGUAUCUAAAACAUGUGGUGAUAAGGCAGAGCUUAACAGUGUGCAAAUUGGACUGGAGGUGAAGCUGUUUCUGUUGUGUAAGGAGCUGUUGCGAUGUAUUUGUUCUAAAAGUCUCCACUUGGACACAGCUACAGUGUAGCCUGUGUAUGCUUACAUGUAGCUAUGUACUUGUAUCUCAUAGUAGAUGUCUAAUUGGCUAACUUACACGUUCUGUCUCCAGAAAAUAGAAAAUAAAUUAUGCAAAGAUGUUUAACUAACAUUUGCUGUAACUUAGCAACACAAUAUCUGUUAUCUGUUAUCUCCAGCAUGGCCAGGCCAGCUUUGAUGGUAUCAUACUGGUUCUGUAUACACUGGUAUCCCAGAUGUUAUAAAAGAAACAUGAUAUAUUUGGGGCGACCGUGGUUCAGUGGGUUGGGAAGCUCAUCUGUAACCGGAAGGCUCUGGAUAACAGACGUCUCCGAAAACAUCGGAGCACUUUUGCAAAUAUGUGGUGUCUUGAUAAACCGAGCAGAUAUUUGAAGUUUACACAGCUACAUUCUCGAUUUGCGGAUGUGUGGUACUGAUUGGGUUUCCAGUACAGAUCGGGUAGCGACCAAUGACUGUAGAAAACAGUCUUUGGUAGCGACACAGCUGUCGAAUUGGGACAGCCUUCGUCGCGUCGCUGUGACGUAAUCUGCCCUCAAAUGUGGCCUCCAUCGUCACAGGACGAUGCAGGACCUGAAUUGGGACCAAAUCAUUGAUUGGGACAUAGCAUACGUAAUUUCUUCUUUGUCUUCUUCUGUUUUCUUGGCAGUUGGCAACCCAUUGAAUUACAGCAGGUAGUUGUGCUGCCCUCUAGUGGAAGAGAAUGUAAUUGUUCUGCCUGUUACUAAUCAGGUGGAAGCAGAUAAUCUUCCACGGCACACCUUUGUGCCGCACCACAGUGGUUUGGAAACACUGCCUUAAGCAGCCACGUGUAGCAAAGGCCUGCCGCUGCUGGCUGGGACUGCUCAUCACUGCAGUACUAGUGAAUACACUGAGUAAUUCACAGGGCCUGGUUCAUCAUUCAUGAAUAUCAUGUAACCCCAGCAAGAUAAUACCACCUAUCAAAGUAUCCAAAGAAAUGUCCAGGAAACUUUAAGUGAAAUGCUGUUACUGACCUGGUCAUUUGCAGUGUCCACAUCAGUGAAUAGAAGACACACCAGGUGUUAUCUCAGUGGGUCAGUGUGUGAUUUUAACAACAGCAAUCACAGGAUUUCCCAUUUUGGCAUAAUUCAGUUCUACUUCCUCACUCUAACUUCAAAGAUGGGAGCGCUACCCUUGAAGAGCAGCAGUGGAAAACUUUUAAUUAUGAGACAUUAAAGUAUGGAAUAGGGAAUUCCUCUACUGAUGCGUUUCCAGGACUUUCAGUUUCAAUCUGAGAAACAGAAAAUUCCUAAGAGCAGAUAGUCUUUAAAGGCGGUGAUGCAGGCAGGACUUCAUUACACAUGACUGUGAAGCUCAUUCUGCUUCUCAGACUCUAGCAGAAUGACUUCGGCAUCAGUUCCAGUAUCAUGAUAGCUGCUCAUCAGGGCAUAUCCAAUCAGUCAUUCAGAUAUAUGUCAGUCACCAUAUUCCUGAAAUGUGUAUUCAAGCAUGAAAAAUAGCAGAAAGAAUGCCCAGCAAUGGCAAUAGAUAUGUGCAGAUAUCAGUAAUGGCAGCCUUCAUGGUUCAAGCGCCACAUUAUCCGCUAACAACGCUAACAUUUACAGACUCUCAGCAGAGCCGCCACUUCUAAAAUUUGUUUUCUGAAGCCUUUAUUUUCAUUUGCUCAUUUCUAAGCCACAUAUUUGAUCAUCAACAUACGAAACAAGUAAAAUCCAACACUGCCAAAAUGCCCAUUAAGUACUUGAAAUGCUCAUCAUGUGAUGACCGCCAUGUGAUACCCGGUUAAACCCAAUUAUACGACUUUAAAUAUAGUGCCAAUACAGAGAGGUGCAGGCUUUUUUUGAGAUGAAGAAGAAAAUUAUGAAAAAAUAGGAGACUGCUAUUGAUAUGAAGAAGCAGCUGAGAUAAAACCAUAAACAGUGUAAAAGAUAGAUGCAACUAUCUUCACAUUACCCAUUUGUUUCUCAUGUUGCAACCACAUGUAGCACACUAGUGGCUCUAUCUUAUAUAUGUUGUACUUCAUUUACCAUUAAUAAAUGUUAAAACUGAGAUUAUUAUUGUUAAUAAUAUUUUAAAAUUUGAUUCCAGAUUUGAGCAAAGUUCGGACCGGAGUAUACAGAACAUACACCCGUGUAACAUGUUUGGGUUAUAACUGCUGCUUAUUACAGCAAGUGUCUGGGUAGAGCGGAGCAUAGGAGCGCAGUUUGUGUUUCACCGCUUCGGUCUCACUUGUUGCUGACGUUUUCCUCCUCUUCCUGAUUGGCUAGCUUUAAAACUACUAGAUUACUUUUAGAAAAAAGAUCGAGUUCAAAUAUGUGUUUGAAAUAUGUCUCAUUGUUACUCAGUGUAGCAGAAAAUAAUCGUUCCGAUUAUAUAAACAAUUAACGAAUGACUUCAAUGUAAAGUCUUUCCCAUGUACUGAUAUUCAGGGCUGCAGUUUAGUGUAAGAAGUCUACAUAUGUGAGGAACAGCUGAUUGCCACAUUGUUUGCUGUCUCGGUCGAACCUGAUUUGCCAACCUGCUGAGGCUGUUAACACAUAAGCAGAUUUAUCCGGUUAAGCCGUUGCCUUCUGAUUCGUCCACUUUGCACAGCUACCCUUCAGUAGCGAGCAAUUAUCAGAGAAUCCACAUUGAGUUUGACAGUCAAAUUUGAAGAAAGGGUUCCUAAGGGCUGGUAACGUGGUUACAUCGAGCGGUGUGGCUUUGCGCAUCGGUUUCAGUGCGCACACUGGGCGCCGUGGAUGCGCGUCCACGGAGAACAACUUAGCCCGACUUCAUCUGGAAACCUUCAGCUUUCCUUAACGGCUUAUAGAUGAAAACUAUCCUGGAGGAAACUCUUCGUAGGACAAGGAGCCCGUCAGUCUGCGGCGCACGGCGCAACACCGGCGACCAUGUCGGACAACUUCACGGAUUUUAACAACGACACCCUGCCGGCGGCCGCCGUCACACAUUUAAACUUCCCAGCUCUCAUUUUCGGGAUUUUCUUGAUCAUCGUCGUCACCUGUGGAAAUGUGCUCGUGUGUAUAAGCGUUUACUUGGAGAAAGCUUUAAAAACCACUACAAACUACUUUAUAGUGAGUCUGGCAUUUGCAGACCUGCUGCUGGCGGUGCUAGUUCUCCCUCUCUUCGUUUACGCAGAGUUUCAGGGUGGAGUCUGGUCCUUGAACAUGCUGAUGUGUGAUGGCCUGAUGACCAUGGAUGUGAUGCUGUGCACCGCAUCAAUAUUUAACCUCUGUGCUAUCAGUGUGGACAGGUUUAUUGCCGUGUCCAUUCCACUAAACUACAACCGCAAACAUGUGGACCAUCGUCAGCUCAUCCUGCUAUCUGCCACCUGGCUGCUGGCCUUAGCAGUGGCCUCGCCUGUCAUAUUUGGCAUCAACAACGUACCUAACCGUGAUCCCACAGAGUGUAAAUUGGAGGACAACAACUAUGUGGUCUAUUCCUCAGUCUGCUCCUUCUUCAUUCCUUGCCCCAUCAUGGUCCUGCUCUACUUUGGGGUUUUCCGCGGGCUGCGUCGCUGGGAGGAGACCCGUAAGGCCAAACUACGAAGCAGCAUCGAGGCCUGCAGGAAGCUGCAGCACGCUGCCAUCACCACGACCCUCGCCCCAGUGCCAGGCACCAUCCCUGGACCUCUGCCCAUGCCUCUGCCCAGGAUUAUCGAGAGAGAUCUAGCCCAGUCUCGCAUGGAUGAUUCUGGCGACUACAUACAACAGGAGAUUCCUUAUCCACGGCAGUACAGAGAGAACUCGGUGCCUACGCUGACCUUCAGCCAGCAGCAAAUGAAGAAGAGAGCCAAGCUCAACAACAGGGAGAGGAAAGCUAUGAAGGUCCUGCCUGUCGUAGUAGGUUGCUUCUUGUUCUGCUGGACUCCAUUCUUUGUGGUCCAUACGAUGCGAGCUGUGUGUCUGACAUGCAGCAUCCAUCCUGGUCUAAUGAGCACUGUCACCUGGUUGGGCUACGUCAACAGUGCUCUCAACCCCAUCAUUUACACCAUCUUCAACACAGAGUUCAAAAAAUUCUUCAAGAAAUGCUUCCGCAGCUGCUGCUGACAACAGAUUUCCCACCACAGACUGCAGUGAGCUGAAGGCGGAAUGAGGAGACUGGGAAUGGGUUUUGGAAGGAUUUACAGGAUUUACAGCAUAUGACUUCUGCUGGAAAAUCAGAGGUCUUCAGUUUAACCACUUACUUAUGGUUGAUAGUGGCUUGCUGACAACUUAUUAAGAUUGCUUCUAAGUUGCAAAUACUGAUCUUAUAAAUUCCAUAUCUGGGUCUGUUUUCUCCAUUGAUGAUGUGAUUUUGUGAUCCCCAUGGAUUACUGCCUAGAAAAAACUAACAGUGCAUUUGUGGAAAGCUACAGAAAACAGAGGAACACAGCCUCCCUUAUUGAAAACAGAGAUUUCACUUUGUCUACACGGCACUUUUUUGAAAUAUACUGUCCAUCAGCCUUGGCUGGCUGGGGUUAAUGUGAGCCAGUUCCACUGAAGGACAUGAGGAUUUGUAUAGAGCCUGAGCAGCAUUACUGCCUGAAAGGAUAAUCUCAGGGCAAAACAUCUCCAAGGAUACGGAAAGACUGAGUAAGCUUCAACAGAGCAGAAUGACAAGCAGCUAAAAGCAGCUUCAAGAGUAAAAAAUUGAUCUAAAAUCAGCCACUCAUGCCUACUGUUAUGAAUAAGCAUAAAGAAACAGUUUGGCAUGAUGUGUUUCUUGCAGACAGAUAAAGAAGAUAAACACCGGUCUCAUGUUUGUGUGGUAAAUAUGAAGCUACAGCCAGCAGCUGCCUAGCUUAACUUAGCUCAGAGUAGCUUAGCUUAGCUUAGCAUAAAGGCUGGAAAGAAUAGAAACAUUAAAAACAUUGUACAGCUCUGAAUUAUUGCCAUCUCGGCCACAUAGUAGCAAUUUUCAGUCAUUAGAAGCAGAAUUAGUAAUCAGUGCUCGCUUAUGAGUUACCCACUGAAUAAAGACUUUUAUAGUAUUAGAUGUGAUUAGCGGCACAGCAAGAUGCAACAGGUGAUGGACAGUUGUAGUCAAACGCUGAAAUGUGCACACCUAACAAUGUUGAAUUUGAGACAAAUUCCAAAUUCACAUAACACAUAAGUACUUUGUAAACUUGACGUUACAAGAAAGGGUGUCGGAUCAGGUUUUAUGAGCUGCUAAUAUACACGAGGUGUUUCCAAAGGGUUGGAAGGAUUACGGAUACUCUCACUUGCCAAGCAUUAUAAAGCUUAUUUAACUUGGAUUAAAUUGUGAUAAAGAAUCACACAUAGGGUUACAAGCCCUACUUUGACUCUGCUCAGAAGACUGUAUUGCCUCCUUUACAUUACCAGUCUAGAAUCUAGUGUGCGACCUUUUCCAGCCUUUAUGCUGAUCAAAGCUAAGCUAAACAACCUCUGGCUAUAGUGUGAGUGUGUUUGACUGAGUGGAAGGAUAUAAUGAUGUUGUGUUUAUUCUGUCUUCAGGUAAGAAACCAUUCAAGUGUUUAAGGAGCUUGCAAAGAAAAGCGUCUGGACUUCUUUAAGUUGCUUGAAGACGUUUCACCUCUCAUCCGAGAAGCUUCUUCAGUUCUAAGGUCAAAUGGCCGAGAGUCCCAGAUUUAAACCCUGUGGGAGUAUCCCCCCAAAAGGGACAAAGGACCCCCUGGUGAUCCUCUAAUCACAUGAGCCAAGGUGUGAAAGUGGGUGUGGGACCUAAUCAGCCAGGGUUUCGGGUGAGCUCAUUGUGAAACCUGGCCCCACCUUGUCAUGUGAAUUCCUGAGGUCAGAUGGCCCAGGAUGUGAGUGGGCAUUAAGGCGUCUGGGGAGGGAACUCAAAACUGGAUUAUAGAUGGCAGACAGUUGGCGUCGUAAACCACCGCCUCUGUUCAAAGAUGGUCACUCACAGUGGACAUAGAUGGCCUCUUUCACUCCUCUUUCAAACCAUCUGUCCUCUCUGUCCAAAAUGUGAACAUUGGCAUCCUCGAAAGAGUGACCUUUGACCUUUAGAUGCAGAUGGACUGCUGAGUCCUUUGUCCCUUUUGGGGGGAUACUCCCACAGGGUUUAAAUCUGGGACUCUCGGCCAAUUGACCUUAGAACUGAA